UACAAAUAAGAUGAAAGUGGCAUCACUCUGUCACGUCCUUAAGUAGGAGUGACCUUGACAGCGCCCCCCAAGCCCCCCGCCCUGCCACUUUCUCCUGCUUAACAUCGAACGGUCCCCAUCCGACCACAAACGAAUAGCAGGUGAUCGUUUGUCAUGAGCGUAAAUUGUGUGCGUCACGGAGCGGCUCUGUCCCACCCUGCGGGAUGCUGCGUACCGCCCCCCACCCCCCAGCUUCUUCCCCCAUCCUCCCUCCUUUCAGUCAUCCACCCGCCUCACUCAGAAAGGCACACAGUGGAUGCGCGACCCACGCGACUCUUUUUCGGCAGUUUAAUACAGAUGCGUGGAUAUUUCUGACAUCGGCAAAAGACGACCGGACUUCGGCCAAAACAAAGAAGAAACACAUCUGUCAAUUUUCAGCAUCUCCCUCAUAGCGCCAUCUUCUUUCCAAAAGCUUUUUAAAGACUCACUUCUCGGACCAGUCUCCGGCGACCCCCACCCCCACCCCGAGUCCCCCUCCCAACCUUCGGCCUCCCUGAUGCCUAAAAACAGUAAGGUGACGCAGCGCGAGCAAAGCCAUGAGCACGUCACAGAGUCGGUGGCUGACUUGCUCGCCCACGAGGAGCCGCUGGACUACAAGAACAGCUCGCUGAACGUCGGCGGCGCGGCCGGAAAGAAAGUGCCCCAGAUAGAGGUGCCGGAAAAUGACGGACGCCCUGCCUGGAACAGCAAGCUGCAGUACAUCCUGGCGCAGGUGGGCUUCUCUGUAGGCCUGGGGAACGUGUGGCGCUUCCCCUACCUGUGCCAAAAGAAUGGAGGAGGCGCUUAUCUCGUCCCAUACUUCAUUCUCCUGCUUGUCAUCGGCAUCCCGCUCUUCUUCCUGGAGCUGGCGGUGGGCCAGAAGAUCCGACGUGGGAGUAUUGGGGUGUGGAAUUACGUGUGCCCACGUCUUGGCGGGAUCGGAAUGUCGAGUUUGAUGGUGUGCGGCUUUGUGGGGCUCUACUAUAAUGUGAUCAUCGGCUGGAGCAUCUUCUACUUCUUCCAGUCCUUCCAGUAUCCUCUGCCAUGGAGCGACUGUCCCAUCAGGAAGAAUGGGACGUUUGCCAUCGUGGAGCCGGAGUGCGAGAAGAGCUCAGCCACCACUUACUUCUGGUACCGCCAGACCCUGAACACGACCAGCACCAUCGCAGAGAGCGGCGGCCUCAAUGUGAAAAUGACUUUAUCUCUGCUGGCCGCCUGGAUCAUCGUCUGCCUCGCCGUCAUCAAAGGGAUCGCCUCUUCUGGGAAGGUGAUGUACUUCAGCUCACUUUUCCCCUACGUGGUGCUCUUUUGCUUCCUGGUCAGAGGGUUGAUGCUGAAGGGAUCCGUGGAUGGCAUCGCUCACAUGUUCACUCCAAAGCUGGAGAAGAUGCUGGAGCCCCAGGUGUGGAGAGAGGCGGCCACCCAAGUGUUCUUUGCUUUGGGUCUGGGCUUUGGAGGUGUCAUUGCCUUCUCCAGUUACAACAAGAUAGACAACAACUGCCACUUUGACGCCGUGCUCGUCUCCUUCAUCAACUUCCUCACGUCCAUCCUGGCUACGCUGGUGGUGUUUGCCGUCCUGGGUUUCAAGGCCAACAUCAUGAACGAGAAGUGUGUCGUAGACAAUGCUGAGAAGAUUGUCGGAUACCUCAACUCAAAUGUGCUGAGUCAUGAUCUGAUCCCCCCGCACGUCAACUUUUCUCACCUCACCACCUCUGACUACGCCGAGAUGUAUCAGGUCAUCAAGACUGUGAAAGAGGGCAGUUUCUCCCACCUGGGUCUGGAUCCUUGCAUCCUGGAAGACGAGCUCAACAAAGCUGUUCAGGGCACCGGUUUGGCUUUCAUCGCUUUCACGGAGGCCAUGACACAUUUCCCUGCUUCGCCAUUCUGGUCGGUCAUGUUCUUCUUCAUGCUCAUCAACCUCGGACUGGGUAGCAUGAUCGGCACUAUGACGGGCAUCACCACGCCUGUCCUUGAUACCUACAAGGUCCAAAAGGAGCUUUUUACAGUGUGUUGCUGCAUUGUGGCCUUCCUGUGCGGUCUGCUGUUUGUUCAGCGCUCAGGGAAUUACUUUGUCACCAUGUUCGACGACUAUUCUGCCGGCCUGCCUCUGACUGUGGUGGUCAUCCUGGAAAAUAUGUCGGUGGCUUGGAUUUAUGGCACUAAAAGAUUCAUGCAGGAUUUGGAAGACAUGUUGGGUUUCCGGCCGAACAUCAUAUACUUCUACUUGUGGAAAUACGUCUCCCCGAUCUGCCUAAUUGUGCUCAUCUCGGCCUCUGUCAUAGAGAUGGCUUUCAGCCCACCUGGAUACAACGCGUGGGUUGAAGAACUGGCUCAGGAGCGCUUCCAGAGCUACCCCCCGUGGGCAUUAGUCAUGUGCUUUGCUCUCAUCGUGGUAGCCAUGCUUCCCCUCCCCAUCGUCUUCAUCGCCCGUCACUUCAACCUGAUGUCGGACGGGUCCAACAAGCUGUCCGUCUCCUACCGGAAGAGCAUGAUGAAAGACAUCUCCAACCUGGAGGAGCAGGACGAAUCCAGGUUCAUCCUUGGCGCCAAACCCGGCGAAGCGCCUGCAUCACUGGCGGCACGCAAAGCCUAUCUGGCUCCCGGUGGAAACAAACCCCUGGACCCCAACUCCUUGUCUCCUAAAAGCUGCUAUGGUACGGGCUACCAAAAUGCCGCCAUCAGCCCUACCACACCGACCACUCCUACUACACCCGAGUCUGACUUUUGACUGUAUCGCCCAUUAGUCCGGUUUACCAUCAGGGGCGCAAGAAUCCCCACCACUGCCCUCCCAAAAGCACAUUUUCAUAGCUGCAAAAUCACUGAAUUCAUGCACUUAUGAUGUUAUUUCCUUUGCCUUAGUACAAGGAACCUUGGACUUUACUGAGGCACCACUUACUAGUACAGAGGCAAAGAGCCCCCAGGCAAAGGCUGUCUUGAAUUUGUGCUGCAACACAGACACAUUGAUCAAUGCAGUGAUGUCAGUGAGCGUGUAUGUGGUCGCACCUCUGAAUCUACAAAAAUUGUAUAUAUUUGUAAAGCUCUCAUCGUGUAUCCUAAACUACUCCGUGCUUACUAACUGUACUUCCUCAAAUAGUGGCCGACCAGUGUUUGUAGCCAAAGCACAUUUUCCUUUAGAAAAAUCUCAAGUAAGACCACCCCCCAAAAAAAAA